GAAAGAAAAGAAAAGAAAGUGAGCCAAACUGCAGUAAACAUAACGCAAGCUAGCUGUCAUGUUUGGUGCACACAACACGCCACCAAAACCUAUAAAAUGUUUUCAAUUGAAGUUGUUUGAAUACGGAAUCAAAUGUAGCGAAGAUAGGACUGAAUUAUUUGGUCGCGUUUUCUAUAUAGCCAGCCAUGACGGUAAUUAUACCUUCAGGACAGGUCGCUAUGCGGAAGUGUGCCUUUAAAGACAUCUAAGCCGUCAACAUGGCACCCAGAGAUCCACUGCUCAGCGCCCUCAAAGUGUGUGUGUUGAACCUGCAGUCUGACGGGGAGUCGGUGACGGACAGCAGCCCUCACCUGGUCUCAUGCUGUGAGCUUCUUGAGCUGCUCCUCAGGAAAGGACUCCAGCAGCCGCUUCUCAGUCUGGUCCACAGAGACUACUGGCAUUGUUUUGAACAGCUUCCCCACCAAGACACCUGCGGCAGGUUGUGUGCGUUGUCGUUGGCUGUGGAACAAACUAAAGCUUGUAAGAAGCUGCUCUCAGCUCAGGGUCGAGGUCGCUACCUGCUCAGGUUGGCUCUUAGCCGCAAGACGCUACCGCAGUCCAUCAGACACCUGCUGCACACUCCGAAAAUCCUGGAGUGGUACAGCCCAGCCUUCUCAAUCCUAAGGAACGAGGAAUUUUUAGAACCUUUCAUUUCCCUGCUGCUCGUCCUCUCUCACAUUGAGUUUAACUUGGAUAUGGAGAAUUGCAGUUUUUUGGAUGAAAGCUGGCUUCUACCGGUAUGUGAAACGUACGAAGUGGUGCCCUGUCGAGAGGUGGGAAUGGUCUUGAGCUACCUCGGUGGGCGUGUCUUCCUUGUCGACUUGAUACCUGGCAGACAAGCCCAUGUUGACAACUUUAUUUGUCGGGGUGACAUCAUGGAUGAGAUCAACGGCACAUCGCUGAGAAACUCCAAGCAUGGACAGGCAGGUGCGGUCCUAUCUCGCUUGAAGGGCUGCCCACUGUCUAUCCGCAUUGUGCGAUGGAAGGCCCGGGACGGCACAGUAUAUCGUCCUCUUGUCAAACUCCUGCGAACUCUGAGGAUGGAGAACCCCUGGCUUCAGCUGGGUCCGGUUCCCUGCCAGCAGACGGCUGCAAAUGAUCAGAGAGCUUCUCAACCAUCACAGUGUCUCAUAGAUGGAAGGAUUGUCUACAUUGUUCAGUUCUUGGGCGAAGCAAACAUCGGAGGGUAUGGAAGCAAGGAUGUGCUACAGCACGCGAUUCCGCAAGUUUUGCAGAAAAACCUGCCGAGCAAGGAAGUGCUUUUAGAUUUACAGGAAACGCAUUUAAUAUGCACAGAGAGUAGCAGUAAACUGAAACUGUGUGAGCACCACUAUCCAGACAUAUCAUGCGUUGGGAGGUACUGUCAGCCGGAUUACACCGUGCUGGCCUUUUGUGUGGUAAACACCCCAGGCAGCCCACCCAACUUCAGCUGUGUGGUACUCAAAGCAGCUAGCUUUGAAAUGUGCAAGGAAAUUGUCUGCCGAAUAGGUGAGCUCUUUUUUUUUUGCUCAAUUACAGCAUUGAAAGGCAAGAUGUAAACUUUGCUUUCACCCCACCCCCAGCUACUGGCUUCAAACAUACAGAGUGGUUUGUAUGACAAUUAAAUGUGGCUGUAUUGUCAAUAAAAAUAUAAAACAACAAUCUA